GGAUUGGCAGAGCGACGUGAGACAUUACUGUUGUUCCAGCUCCUCCUGAGAAAAGGAGGAACACAAAGUCAGCCACCUCUGUAUGAAGACAAGUCCGAGGCAACUAUGUCUUCAGCAGUGGAUCUCAAGACGAAGGAGGAGAAGGAUGCAGAGUUGGACCGACGAAUCGAGGCCUUGAGGAAGAAGAAUGAAGCUCUGGUUAAGAGGUACCAGGAAAUCGAGGAGGACAAGAUGAAAGCAGAGCAGGAGGGCAUCGCCAUCACAACCCCCCGGAAACCCCGCCCCCACGAGCCGGAGACGGACAGGAAGAAGACCCCGGAUAAGGAAAACUUCACAGUCAUAGUCGACCUUUCCACGUCAACAGGGGAGAAGAGAGUUGUGAACGAUUGGAAACCUGGAACCCCUCGUGGCCGGAAGACGUCAGAGGAAAGCGACGGGCCAAGAGGGCAAAAUGACAGCACCAGCCCCCCCAGGAGGAUGGGCUCAGGACGAGUAGGCCGGGGAGGACAGAGAGGAGGAGGAGGGGGAGGAGGAGGAGGAGGAGGCCGUCCAGAGAGGAGAGAAUGGGAACCAAGAACACCCAGAGGUGGAGAACCUGGAGAGAUGGGUGGACAGGGACGCAGAGGAGGAGGAGGAAGGAGAGAAAGAGGAGGAGGAGGAGAAGGCGGAGGAGGAGGAGGCGGAGGAGGAGAAGGCGGAGAAGGAGAAGGCGGGACACCAGGUGGCGUGGACAGGAAAUCCAAGGAGUGGGAGGAGAAGAGACGACAGAACAUUGAGCUGAUGAAUGAGGAAAUGGAGAAAAUAGCCGAGUAUGAGAGAGGACAGCGGAUCGAGGGUGACAAGCCGAUCCGUAACUUCCUGGAUGACCCGAGGCGUUCAGGUCCGGUGCCUGACACAGACCGCAAGGAGGGCAGCAGGAGACAUGUCCGAAACUGGGGAGGACUCGACUUCGACAACGUAAAGACGGGAAAUGAACUGGAGAAGGAGUGGACUAGUCGAAGGCCUGGUGGUCCCAAGGGCUCCCAGGACAUGACUAUGUCCAUGACCGGCCGGGAGAGAGCGGAGUACCUGCGCUGGAAGAAAGAGCGUGAGCAGAUCGAUGAGGAGAGACUAGCACGCCAUCGUAAUGCCACCGGCCAGUGGAGACGAGAGUGGGAUGCCCAGAAGACUGAUAGCAUGUUCAAAGAGGACCCAUAUGUGGCUGCAGAAGGGGUCACAUCCGAGCAGGGUAGCAGGAGAGAUGACAGUAAGCGACCGCCCAAGGAGCCGACAUUUGGAGACUUCCUGUCUCAGGGCCGGACCCCGGGGCCCCGAGGGGACCGUAGCAGAGGGAGGGGCCGAGAACAGAAACAGAGCUACAGCAUGCAUGACAACCGCUGGGAAGGAGAGAAAGAAGGAGAAGAGGAGAAGGAAAAGGAGGACAAGACGAAGAGAGAAGAGAGGCCGAAGAGAGAAGAGAGGCCGAAGAGAGAAGAGAGGCCGAAGAGAGAAGAGAGGCCGAUGACAGAAGAGAGGACGAAAAAGAAGAAGGAAGAAAAACCCAAACCUUCCACUCCGCAGAAGGUGGAGCAGAAUGAUGGAGAUGGAGACGAGGACGAUGAAGAGUGGGAAGACGCCAGCGAUGGAGAAGAGGAGGAUGAUGAAGGGAGCGACUCAGGACAAGACUCCAGGGGCAACGAGAAGAAAGAUGCUGGGAAAGAACAACCCGCCAAGAGCAAAGAGAACUCCCCUUUGUCUCCCACGCCUCGUUCUCGAAAGACGUCAGCAGGAAGCCCCAAGGAGCAGCGAGCCCCCCGGCCCAAGGUGCACAUCCCCCCCCCGACCGCAGAGUCAUCAGAGGGGGGGAAACCCCUCAGCCCCUUCUGCCCGCUGGAGGGCCACCAGCCGGUGUCGGACUGGGGAGAGGAGAUGGAGAUGCAGUCACCUCGGAGCAGCAUGGGAACAGAGAGUCCCUUGAAACCCCCCAGUGCUGAGUCCAGCCCCCCCCAGAAGAAGGCCCCGGAGCACGAGGAGGAGGCGGAGAGUCAGGACGUCGGCUCCAGUCAAGCUGCUGAGCCACGGAAAGAGGAGGAAACAGACGUCUCCUCUCCUCCAGAAGAGUUAGAGACCCGGCAGAUUGUGAUAGUGUCAGAACCAGAGUCCGUCCCCACCCACCCCCCCGCUGCUACACCACCUGACGCCCCCCCCUCUGAUAUCUCUGUCCCAGCCCACUCUGAAGCCAGUGAGGCUGCUGUGACAACGGACCAGGAUGCACCUGCUGCUCCGUCACAAGACUCCGCCCCCUCUCCUCCUUCCCUGGAGGCCAAUGAGAGCUCUUCUGAACCAGCAGGAGGGAAAGAGGACGACUCGGCGCCGGCUGAGACCAGCGGCGCUCAGACAGAAGAAGAAGCGGUGGAGGAGUCUCCAGAGCAGGUGUCCUCAGAGCAGGUGUCCUCAGGCUGAAGCUGCUGGGAUCGAACACACUGACUUCUGAGGAGGAAGGAGAGUUGACAGGAAAUGGAGACGGCUGAAGAGCAUCGCACUUCUCAUCACUGGAGCGACAGUCACACGUGUAAAUCAAAAUUCUUUUAAUCACCAGUGUGAGUCAGCGACUGAUCCGACUGUGGAUCAGCGUCGUUCUGCAGGAAAAUCGACCUUCACACAUCAAAGAGUUGUAAAAUUGUCUUUAAUAUUUUCUCAGUCAGUUUCUAUGUUGAAAUUAUUUUUACACCGUCUUGUUUGAAGUCAUGGGAGUGUUUGCUGUUGUCUUUCACGGUGAAAGCCUCUGACUCUCCUCCUCUGGCAGUGGUCUCCGCUCCAUUAGCUCCUAAGUGUUUGUAAUGUAGUGAUCGGCCUCCAGCCGGAUCGGCUCUUGGCUUUUUUAUUUUGUGGCUUUUAAUAAUUUUGUUCGUGGAAAUGCUCAUUUUCCAUUUCCGAGCCUCUGACACUUUUAUUUUAUAUUUAAUAAUCUGAGAGAUGUCUGUUUACAUGAGCUUCACAUCAGGUUGUUCAUGAUGCUUCAAGUGUCAUUUAUCAUGUUAAACAUCAAAGACAGAUGUGUCCAAGGAAACACGUCAAUAACUUACUUAUGUUCUCAUCUCAAAAUAUCAAUUAUGAACUCGGAGCUGAUUUAUAUCAUGUGAUUGUCUCAUUCUGAGGAAAUGGUUUAUAUUCUGGGUCUCACGGUUGUGAAUCAUCGACUCCACAGAGAAAUCUGUCAUACCCCCCCCCCCCUUCAGUGGACACACUGCCUCUUCAAUAAUGAACAAAAAAAAGGGUUUUAUCCAAAAAAUAGUUUAAUGAUUAAGAAACAACAACCUACUUAGUGUUGAUUUUAUUUCAAACAGCUUAAGCUGCAGUUUAUUUUUGUAAAUGUCCUCGUACCUCAGCAGACAAAGGGCUUGAGUUAGUGUUUCAGUCUCUGCUUUGUUUUCUCUCUCUCUCUUUGAAUCAGGUUCCUCAGCCGUUUGACUUCUGAGCUCACGGCGUUCAAACGGAUGCUUUCAUGUUUCUCUGUUCUGUAUCGGCGGGAAAAAGACAAACGUUAUUUGAAGUGAAAGGAAACUGCAAUAUGUACAGUUUUUAAAUGGAAAUGAACAUUCCACACACCUGGGUGUUUGUGCAAAACGUAGCCUGGGAGCUAUGAAAGAAAUCUUGUUUUAUGGUUUUUAUUCUUGCAUAUGGAUGUUUCUUUUCUGAGCUUCGAUGACAGAUUGUAUUUUAACCAGUAGAUAUUUGGUUGAACGUGCGUUUGUACGUCUUCCUGCGUUCGAUACGUGACAUCGCUCUGAGGAGCUUUGCCUUUUGGAUCCGGUGUGAAACUAUCAGGUCGAGCAUGAGUCUGAGUAUGUUGCUUUCUAUUGUCGUCUAAGCCACUGAUGAUGAAAUCCUUCACCGUCACACGUCAGAGACGAAGAGCCCAGAUGAUGGAACAACUUUCUGAGCUGUAUGAAAUGUAAAGCAUUGUUUUGUUUUUUCUUCUUUAGCCAAUAAAUGUUUUUCUCUUCUGA